AUGCAGCAGUAAAACAAAUCUCGUAACAACCAAAAAGACCAAAGGAUCUGAAAAACAGACACCCAUUGACAGCGAAGUGAAUGAGAUGCAGAUAUCAAAGGCAACAAGCAAAAAUAGCAUUGAGAAGGCACCAGAAUUGUCAAACCAGCCUGAGAUAGCUGAAAAACAAGAAGAAAUGACUGUGUUCCAAGAGGAGCUAACUGUAGACCCAGAGAUGAUCGAAAACGCUCUGAAACUUGGCAAAUGCCUUCUGUGUGUAUUCAAAUACGAUUCCUUGGCGCCUUUGCUGACACAUUACCGCUCCACGCAUUCUUAUAUCUUCAGUGUCAAAACGAAGAUAUACAUGUGCAAGAAAUGCUAUCACUACAUGAACACCGACGAAGACGUGCAGAAACAUUUAGAAACGAUGCACAAACUCAAAGGCGCCACCUGCCCAAUUUGCUACAAAGGAUGUUCAAGUGCAAAUGAAGUUGUCGAACAUUUCAAGAGCUCGCAUGUUGCUGAUAAAACGAAACCACAGUGCUCGGUGUGUAACACAGUGUAUACAAACGAUAAAGAACUCGUAACGCAUUACCUUGUCGAGCAUAAGUUUGCGAGCAGUUUCAGAGAGCUGCUGGACGAAGCUGUCCGCGACGACUCCGAGACGUACACGCCUGAGAUGUCCAAGCCUGACGAUCCGAACAAAAAGUUCAAGUGUCACUUUUGCUCGGAGAGGUUCAAAAAAGAUUAUUCGUUAACCUCUCAUAUAGCAGCAAAGCACAAAGUGACGGUUGGAUCAACAGGAGAACAGUCAAGCAAGCCUGAGACCGCCGCGCUUGGCAAAUCAAAAAAAAGCUAUGCGUGUCACGUUUGCUCGGAAAAGUUCAAAAGGGAUUUUUCGUUAGCUGCUCAUCUAAAAGAUAAGCACCACGUGACUGUUGGACAAAUGGAACAAGAAGUGAAGUACUUCGUUUGCAUUUAUUGUCCGCAAACGUUUCUAGAGCUCACGACGGCACUGGAGCAUAUGAGAAAAGAUCAUGAGACAACAUUCAAAUGUACGAAAUGUAACUCGUACUUUCGGAAACCACUACAAUUGAGCAGGCACAAUGAGAGCAAUUGUACACUAUUCUUUGAUCCAUCAGUUCCAGUACAGUACGUUUGCAGAUUUUGUAAUGUUUCUAUGCCCAAGAAAGAACUGAUGAGCCACCUGGUGCAGUGCGAAAUAUCUCAUAUCGAUGUGUUACGUUGCAAGUUUUGUUUGGACACUUUCCAAACUGAAUCUCUUCGGCUCCAACAUCUGGAAACACGACAUCCGAAGACAGAACCGAAACCCAAACAGUUUACCUGUCCAGAAUGCCCUAAAAAAUUCUACUCGGAAGCGGCGAUACUCAAUCAUGCUGAUACCAAGCACGUCAUGAUUAAACUGGGAAAUAAACCGCUUCUUCCUGCACACCAAGUCUUGCAGACUUUUUAUCUGAAAAAAACAAACAAGCAUUCGUAUAAGUGUCCCUUCUGUGUACACAAAUUCUUUGGAAUACCACUGGUUAUUGCACAUUUGAAGAGAAAACAUCCUCGCGAACCGUUUGAAGUAACUAAUAGAGUGAGAUUAGCCAAAGUAACUUCAAGCACUCCUCAUGUUCCAUUUGCUUCUAGUAGUUUUGACUACGACUCAAAUCAACGCUUAUCUCGCGCAACUCCAAACUCGAACAUGAACGAGGAACUUUAUGCAUCGACCGAAAAAAUGUAUAGAGAUUAUGAGGACGAUGAUGUCGAUCACGAAUCAGAAAUGGCAAGAGAUACUGAUUCACCGUAUUAUUCUACUGCCCCAAGAGAAGGAGUGCCAAUACGUGAUAUGCCUGGCGUAAAUCAAGAGAUGUUUGGUCGCCAGGCAAGGGAACAUACAGUCUAUGAAUCAAGAAAAGAAGAUUUUAGAGGUGAGCAGGCAUCGGGAUCAAGAACAUCUGGUGUAACAGAAAGAGGAUUUGGUUCCAAAAGAUCUACAUCCACGUCUUACGAUUCGUGUCCAGCGAGCAGCAGACUUAUGGACAGUAGUCGUAAAAGGAAUUACAGAGGAGUAGUAAUUCAAUCUAGAGGGCUAGGCGAUGAAGACAGAUUUAGGUCAGAUAGAGAUAGCAGAGAAAGUGAGGCUUUGCUCCAUGAAUCGUAUGAAUCAAGAAGGGCCAAUGAUGCUUUCAGGGAGUUGAAUAGUGGAGAAGAGGUUCCAGCUUCCUACAGAAGCUCAGGUCUACAAGAACAUGUUUCGCAUGGUGGAUAUGAAGCUAAACUCGGACCUGCUUCCAACUAUCACGAGACAUAUAGAGCGUCCAGAGCAAAUAUUCCCAGCAGUACAUCUACUAGAAGCAUGCUUCACGAUAUAGAAGAAAUGUUUACUUGCGAAGUUUGUGGCGACAGCUUCACGUCGUAUGCAGCACUAAAUAUGCAUGUGGAAAUCAAUCACGUGUACGACUUUGAAUCGUUGGACUGUUUUUAAUGGUUUAUCAAUUUGCUUUAUUUUUUUUUAUGUCAGGUCAUUGUUAGGCUUGAGAGUCUGACAUAAAAAGUAGUAUAAGUAUAGUAUAAGUAGAUAAAUAAAUGAAAUACACCGAUCGAACCCUGUACGUGUUCUCAAAAAUUUUUUCAAGAAUCUCCCGAAUACCGCUACUCGAUAUCUCUUUCCAUUCUGAAAAUAUCGAGAUUUGAAUUUGGGUAAAAUUUUACUUGCUGCAUGGCAGCUGUCAAUCAGUUUAGAUAGACUUCAUUGACAGCAUAUUCGGUAAUAAUUUGAUCACAUACCAAACAUAACUGAUUUUAUACACAUAAUGACAUUGAUGACGCUUACAGCGAUCAAAGUGAGCAAACGAGGGAUGAACUAUUUGACCCUAAAAACUACCUAGUCUGCAAGAUGGUUUUGUCGGUUUUUUUGAUGUUUAACACGCUUUCUUAGCUUUCCAGAAGUUUUGCCAUUAUCCUUAUUAUAACCGCCAGGAUUGAUAAAUUAUUUUAUAGAUUCUCUGUAGGGAGUAAGAGAGAUAGAGCUAGCGCGCGAUCUGCGCAUGCGGACUUACUCUUUGUUGAUUCGGGCACUCGGCACGGCACAACAGAGGCAGAUACUUUUUCAAGGUAGAGCAUUCUCACCUUGUCCAUUCCUUAUACGUGCGUAGGUACUAAUGAGUCUAACACGCGGAUUACUGUUUAUAAUAUUCAUAUAAUCAUAUUAUUAAAUUAUAAUCGUGAUUCACAAAA